AUGUCGUCUUCAGGGUCUGGAAAAGCCUCGAUGCUUCCUCCCAUUAAUCUUAUUUUUAAAUGCUUACAACAGCAAUCAAUCGUUAAUAUCUGGUUAUAUGAACAAACUCAUAUGAGAAUACAAGGUAAAAUUAGAGGAUUUGAUGAAUUCAUGAAUAUCGUUGUCGAUGAUGCAGAUGAGAUUUCUACGUCCGAUGGUGAAACUGAGCACUUAGGACGAAUAUUGUUGAAAGGUGAUAAUAUUACUUUAAUUUCAUGUCCAGAUAUUUAA